UUUCGAUCUCCACGUGAUUGGAGCUCUGUGAAAUUCUUCGUAAAAAAAAAGGCGAAAAUAUUGUAUUGUUUUGUUAUGUAGGGAAGAUUACAUACAAAUACUUUUUUUGAAUUAGCAGAUACAUAGUUACAUAGAUCGUUUACUACUGAAGUGUAAUUGUCAAUGGGACGAUAAUUAGAGCAGCUAAAUAAAUGAAUAACUGAAAAGAACAAUAACAGGUGAAUAGACAAAUAAAUGAAUAAAUUAAGUAGAUAAUCGAAUGGACAAAUAUAAAUACAAAUAAAGACAAAGAAAGACAAACAGAAGAAAUAUGUAUUACGAAAAGCGAGAAGAUACCUUUGCCAGUUUAGCGGACUUGGAAGAUGACAUAGAAGGAGAGAAGAGGAAGAAAAAGGAAAAGAAAUACCCACUCUGGGUCUCCUUCACCCUGCGCACAGUGUUGCAAGUGUGCAUAGUGGCGUGCGUGGCGGUGGUGGUGAUAGUGCCCGUGAUGGUGACGAGAGAUAAGUACAGGCGGUCUCUCAUAACGCCUCCUGAUCGCGUGAGGUGUCUUGAAGAUCAAGAUUGCACGCCAGCUGGCAGCAGUCGAACGGUGCUGGGAUUUGAGAGUCUGCAAUUGAUCUUUGAAUUACGAGUCAGCGCAUCUUCAUUUGACGGAGGUCGCUCUGCUCUUCGCUUUGCAAUCGAUCUCGCUUGUGCACUGCCGUCGCGCGUGACUGUCCAUAAUGUGACCCUCAAGGAUAUAAACUCGUGUUGUGCAACGGCGGGGUCAGUUUGCAGUGUGGAGAGAACACAGACCAAGGAACUUCCGGUUAUUAAAGACAACAGGAAAUUUUAA